ACGGAGGGGGUACUAGAGGAGAUCGCUAGAGGAUGGCUGAGAGGAAGAGGAACUGGAAUAAGGAGGACGACCUGCCUGUGUAUCUAGCCCGGCCCGGCACCACAGCGCAGACCCCCCGCCAGAAAUAUGGGGGUAUGUUCGCCUCGGUGGAGGGCGCCUACGAGAACAAAACCAUCGACUUCGAUGCCUACAGCGUGGGCAGAAAGGGCUCCCGGACUCCCAGGAGCAGCAGCAGGCCCGACAUGAUGUUCUUGGGGGAGACUGGGGACAAUUUCAGUGAGACCGCCAGCGAUGUGAGUGAAGUGUCCGGCUCUGUCAUUAGCUCUCCGGGGGACAGAGAUGACAAGACACCGGGCGUGGAAAUCCGAUAUCCGACGGGAAAGGAAAUGCUCCAGGGCCCGGACAAUGGGAAGAGUGACCGGCUACUCAUUAAAGGAGGAAGAAUUAUCAAUGAUGACCAAUCCUUCUAUGCAGACCUCUACUUGGAAGAUGGACUUAUAAAACAAAUAGGAGAAAACCUAAUAGUUCCUGGUGGAGUGAAAACUAUUGAGGCCAAUGGACGGAUGGUUAUCCCUGGAGGAAUUGAUGUCAACACAUACUUACAGAAGCCCUACCAUGGAAUGACCUCUGUUGAUGACUUCUACCAAGGCACCAAAGCAGCACUGGCAGGUGGCACUACCAUGAUCAUUGACCAUGUCCUCCCUGAGCCUGGUGCCAGUUUACUUGCCACCUUUGAAAAGUGGCAUGAGGCUGCUGACACUAAGUCCUGCUGUGAUUACUCUCUCCAUGUGGACAUCACCAGCUGGUAUGAUGGGAUCCGAGAAGAGCUAGACAUGCUGGUGCAAGACAAAGGUGUCAAUUCUUUCCAAGUCUAUAUGGCAUAUAAAGAUCUCUACCAGAUGUCUGACAGCCAGCUCUAUGAAGCAUUCACAUUUCUAAAAGGGCUUGGUGCAGUCAUCUUAGUCCAUGCUGAAAAUGGAGAUUUGAUAGCUCAGGAACAGAAACGAAUCUUAGAAAUGGGAAUUACAGGUCCUGAAGGACAUGCUCUGAGCAGACCUGAAGAGCUGGAAGCUGAAGCUGCUUUCCGAGCUAUCACCAUAGCCAGCAGGAUCAAUUGCCCCGUCUAUAUCACCAAGGUGAUGAGCAAGAGUGCUGCAGACAUAAUUACCCUGGCAAGGAAGAAAGGUCCUUUAGUUUUUGGAGAACCAAUUGCUGCAAGUCUAGGGACAGAUGGGACCCACUAUUGGAGCAAAAAUUGGGCCAAGGCAGCAGCUUUUGUGACAUCCCCACCACUGAGCCCAGAUCCCACAACUCCUGAUUACCUGAACUCUCUCUUAGCCUGUGGGGAUCUCCAGGUGACAGGAAGUGGCCAUUGUCCAUACAGCACUGCCCAGAAGGCUAUUGGCAAGGACAAUUUCACCCUUAUUCCUGAAGGAGUGAAUGGGAUAGAGGAGAGAAUGACCGUUGUGUGGGACAAAGCUGUGGCCACAGGCAAAAUGGAUGAGAACCAGUUUGUGGCAGUCACCAGCACCAAUGCGGCCAAAAUAUUUAACCUGUAUCCGAGGAAGGGAAGAAUAGCCGUGGGCUCUGAUGCUGAUGUGGUGAUCUGGGACCCUGACAAAAUGAAGACUAUCACUGCUAAGAAUCACAAGUCGGCUGUUGAGUACAACAUAUUUGAAGGAAUGGAAUGCCAUGGAUCCCCACUGGUGGUCAUUAGCCAAGGGAAGAUUGUAUUUGAAGAUGGAAAUCUACAUGUAAAUAAGGGUAUGGGCCGCUUCAUACCUCGCAAGCCUUUCCCGGAAUACCUCUACCAGCGUGUCAAAAUAAGGAAUAAGGUCGGUGCAUUGCAAGGAGUUUCAAGAGGAAUGUAUGAUGGGCCGGUCUAUGAUGUUCCAGCUACACCAAAAUAUGCAACUCCUGCUCCCUCUGCCAAAUCCUCUCCUUCCAAACACCAGCCUCCACCAAUCAGAAACCUCCAUCAGUCCAAUUUCAGUUUAUCAGGGGCCCAGAUAGAUGACAACAACCCUCGCCGCACUGGCCAUCGCAUUGUGGCACCUCCUGGGGGCCGCUCCAAUAUCACCAGCCUUGGUUGAACCCUGAAGAUGAAUGGGUGGCCUAGAAUGAAGGAUUGCAGGAAUCGCAUUCAUCCCCUUUUAUGUCAGUGUUAUUGCAAUCCACAGUUUUAUUUGGUACUAAUGGGAAAAAAGAAUGGUGUUUUUGGGAUUGGUUCCCUCCUCCCCUUUUCUUUUUGGUAUAGGAAGAAGUGAUAAUAGUGUGGUAUAUUUGCUUGGAACUACUUGCCUCCUCGACAUUGUGUUUCCAUCCCAUAGUCACCUCAAAGCAUGGUGCACCUGCUGCUCCUUUAGUGAGUCCAGGUUUUAGCUUUGUCCUCGUACCUGAAUGAUGAUGGUUCCUCUGCACCCUGUAGUUGUACUAGGAUAGUGAAUGCAUGUUACUGAAUUAUUUAUGCCAGUCUGUGAGUGAGUCCCAUAGAACACAUUGCCAAUGACUGACCUAGACACAAUACCAUGACUAAAUGCCCUCACUUGACACAUCGGAGUACCCUUCAAAGGAAGAAUUUCCCUCCUUCCAACACCCCCAUGCACACACACACACACACACACACACACACACACACACACACACACUGCUCCAGUUUAAACCAGAAAGCAAUUCCUAUUGAUAUAUGGUCAGGUUGCUCCAAGAGCAACUCUUCUUGAUACUGUCCAACAAGAUUGUUCCAAGAACUCUUGUUGGUGUUGUCAGUAAGGCAGUUUUAACAGCAGCUUCUGCCAAUACUGUCCAUCAAACGUACUCCAAGAAUAGUUCCUGUUGACAUUGCCAAGUAAGACCACUCCCCUUUUCUCAGUUUUGAAGGGAUAUCCAUGUCUUGUAUCAGAAAACCUGGUCUCUGUCACAAGUGUAACUCCCCAUAAUGUACAUUCUAGUCUGUUUUCAUCGUGUCAGCUUUUGAGUUCAGGUGGAGCCAAGGAUUAUACACGGAAAGGCUGCUCCCCAACAUACCAUUCAGGGCUGUGUCCCAUGAGGCAGCGGCACUCUGGGUUUGCAUGGGUUUUUGGGUACCUACGAGACGGCUGAAGUGGCAGUCUGAUUUUUAAAGUUUUGUACAAAGUUUUCUUUUGAAAUCACACACAUUUUUACUUACUGAUGCUGUCCCAGACUGACUUGUCAUGGCUCUUAUUUCUGAAUUCAAAGCUCGUGAAAUAAACAAAAUUAACUGAUCUGUG